AUGACACGCCUGCGCAGGAAAGCCUUCAUUGCACUUUUCUUAUUUACUCUGUUCAUAUUUGGGACGAUGAUGGGCCUGAGGACGCUCAAGCCUAGCGAUGGCUUCUCGGACCUGGCUCCCGGCAUGGAGUUCGCUGGAGAGAGGUCCGAGCGGCGGCGGCCGGACGUCAAAGACGUGGUGGUGUCCCCGAUCCAGGGCCACGUAGCCAGUGACACCAAGGUGGUUUUCUCCAAAUCUGACCGCGACUACAGCAUCUUCUACGACGUGCACAUAUUCUAUUACCUGUGGUACGGUUCUCCGAGGAUGGACAACAAGUACAUCCACUGGGACCACGUGUUCGUGCCUCACUGGGACCCCAAGAUCGCUGCCAGCCACGCUCAAGGGAGACACACCCCUCCUGAGGACAUCGCCUCCAGUUUUUACCCAGAGUUAGGACCGUACAGCUCCAGAGACCCAGACGUGUUAGAAGCCCACAUGGCCCAGGUUGAGGCGGCUGCAGCAGGGGUGCUGGUGCUGUCCUGGUACCCUCCCGGGGUGGCAGACGACCACGGGGAGCCCACCGAGGACCUGGUACCCGCUGUGAUGGACGCUGCCCACAGGCACAGCAUCAAGGUGGCGUUUCACAUACAGCCAUACAAAGGACGGACGGACCAGAGCAUGCAUGACAACAUCAAGUACAUCAUCGACAAGUAUGGACAUCACGGUGCCUUCUACAGGUUUAGGUCCACCACUGGGCGGGUUCUGCCUCUGUUUUACGUCUAUGACUCUUACCUGACCCCGCCGGAGUCCUGGGCGGAGAUGCUCACCGCCAAGGGCUCCCACAGCAUCAGAGGCACGCCUUACGACGGCCUUUUCGUCGCCCUCAUCGUUGAGGAGCGCCACAAACACGACAUCCUCACCAGCGGCUUCGACGGUAUGUACACCUACUUCGCCUCCAACGGCUUCUCCUUCGGCUCGUCCCACCAGAACUGGAAGUCCAUCAAGGACUUCUGUGAUGGGAACAACCUCCUGUUCAUCCCCAGCGUUGGCCCGGGCUACGUGGACACCGCGGUGCGGCCGUGGAACAAUCACAACACCCGGAACCGCGUGAACGGCCGCUACUACGAGACGUCCCUGCAAGCGGCCCUGUCGGUCAGGCCGGAAAUCGUCACCAUCACGUCCUUCAACCAGUGGCACGAGGGCACGCAGGUAGAGAGGGCCGUGCCCAAGAAGACCCUCACUCGCCUGUAUCUGGACUACCAGCCCAGUCUGCCAGACCUCUAUCUGGAGCUCACACGCAGGUGGGCUGAGCACUUCAACAAGGAAAAGGACAAGUGGCUGAUGUAA